AAAGAGGGGGCUGGGGCCAGUUCCCAGCUUCCCAUUCUGGAGCUCGGGGUGGGGAUGGAGCCCUGGGCUGGGGGUCACCCCUUGGGAUGGGGGACAGCCCACACAUACCCUGCGUCCCCUCGCCACCCCCGCUACCGUGGGUCUGCGCCAGCGAGCAAGGGAGGGCGGUGGCCGGGUCCGCAGCGAGGCAGCGCUGCUCCCUCCCGAGCCCAAACACUCCCGUCAUGUGGUUUCCGUACCCCCUGGACUCAUUUCCAAAAAAGCAUUUCCUCCUGCUGUGGUUGGGCGUAAAAGCCUGUCUGGGGAGGGCUGGCGCUCACUCACCACGCGUCGCGUGCUGCUGACGGCAGACAUGGGGUGCCGGGGCACCCUGCCCGGGCACUGAGCUGCCCCGACACCCCACUGCACCUGCUGCCCCGCUCCCCUCACCGCCCCGGCAUGACCCAGCCGCAUCGGCCACAAGGAUGAAGUGUUGCCGCCCUGGGGUGGCUUGGGUGAGUGCGGUGGCGUGGGGGUCCCAUGGAGCCCUGGCACCAGUUGUGGGGUGUCCCAUGGCUGUGGCCGUAACGGGUCUGGAGGAGGGAGGGAGGAAGAUGGGUUAACUCCAGUGAAGAGCACGCCGAACCCGCUUACCCCUCUGGCUAACAGCUGGGGCUGGGCUCUGCUGCACCAAAACAUUCACGGUGUGGCGUGAGCACAGGCAGGAUGCGGCCGCGGGAAGCGUGGGGUCCGUCAUGGGGCUACAGGCAGGGCAGUGCCACGGGGUGUGGCUGUGCCGACAGCCUGCGGGGCUGCCUUCGGGGCUAGCUGGGCACGCGGGUGGCGGCCCCGGCGUUACGGGCGGCAGAGACGCUUGCACGGCACAAGCGGGGGUGGCUCUCCCCACCGCUCAGCCAGCCCCGUGCCCACGGCUCCGCUGUCCACCGGGCACCUGCUCCCGGCGCUGGGCAGGGGCAGCUGCCCGUCUGCAGGCGGGGUGCGCGGGCAGGGAGGGCCCCGCUGCCCCACAGCCGUGCCUCAGCGGUGACUCAGAUGUGCCGCUGGCAGCCGGGACUGAGGCAGCCGCCCGGAUCUGCCGGCAGCGCUCUGCGAGCGGGACGGCCCAGCGCGGUUUCCAGUCUGCCGGUGGCGGCGGGUUUAGUAGAAAAUGAUUCAACUGCCGUAAUCGGGGCCAUCACGGCUGGGAAAUCCAACCCCCAGCGAGGAAUCCCCUGGCUCUCUGCCCACACUGUCUGUACCGCGGCCCUCUCAGGCCCCAGCCCGGCCAGUGGAAGGGGUGUCAGCGUGGGCACUGCUCGUUGCACCCACCGGGGCUUCCAGAAGAGCGGGGCUGCCCUGCGGACGGCACCUGGCAACCCUGCGGGGGAGCAGUGACCUACUUUGGGACGCGCGUAACGAGGCGCGAUAGCAUCGGAGAGAGCGUGAGCCAGGCACGGCUUCCUUUCGGGGAGGAAAUCACCUCCUCUGUGAGGGAGAUAAACCCCAGGAAAAUCAAAGCGGGCAGCGUUAACCCCUACGCGCCCGGCUACCGACACCUCCCAGAGCUAGCGAUCUUGUGGCACCACCAGCAGUCCGUGUGCCUGACUCACUCGUCCCCAUCCCUGGGGACAUGGCAGGGGUCCUGUUGGCACAGGCGGUCGAGCAUCUCGGUGCCGAUCCCCAGGCAUCCUGGAGGCACCAUUUGCAGAGCACACGAGGGCACCUGACAGCCCUGGGCACAGGCUGCGGCACAGUGGCCCCCACAGUGCCAGCAGGAAGUUGCUUGCUCUUGUACUGCGGGGAAAGCAGAGCCCAGGGGCUGCCGCGGGGCAUUCCCGGCCCUGGGGCAGCGCACCCACGCGGUUUGGAACAGAGGGCCGCGGUUCCAGCCGUUCUGCCCUGUGCAGGCACCGGUGUCCACACAGUUCCAGGUACGGCUCUGGCUCCAGUAGUCGAGCAUGAGCUGGUGUGAGGGCCGUCCCCACGGGUGCACGGCUCCUGGAGCAGCGCGGCCGCCUGCAGCCCUGCUCUCUCCCUGUUUGCAGGUAACCUUGGCAGCGCUGUGGCUGGCGGCCAGCGAAUCGCAGCCCCCAGGGCGGCGGGACCGCGCCGUGCCGGGAAGGCAGCGGGUCCUGGUGCAGCCACUCCUCCGCCUGCGGAGACAUGUCACCAGACUCCAGUGCCCCGCCGGCACGACCUGGAUCGGGACUGCUCACCAGUGCUGCGAGCCGUGCCCCGCAGGGACAUUCCUGCACGAGGCCUGCACAAGCCCUGAGAAUAAAAGCGACUGCCGCCCCUGCCCUGACGGCACCUUUCGCACCCAGCCCAACAUCCUCAAGGAGUGCCAGGCUUGCUACGAGUGUGACCGACAAGCUUUCCAGAGUGUGCUGAGCAACUGCUCGGCCACCAGCAAUGUCGCCUGUGGCUGUGAGCCUGGCCGCUUCCGUGUCUGCUUUGACAAGCAGUGCAGCGAAUUCUCUUGCCGGAAAUGCCAGCCCUGCACCGGACGCCUCAUCCAGCAACCCUGCUCGGAGGCACAGGACACACUUUGCGACAGCAGCUGCAAGCCUGACUUCUACAGAGAGGGUGAUGAGUGCCGGCCAUGCCACACGAGCACCCUCGACAAGUGUGGCAAAGAGUGCCAGCAAGUGUGCGGCAGCAACAGCGACCAAGGCUCAGGUCUGGAGUACAUCCUGCUGGGACUCACCGGGCCUCUUUUCCUGGGUGCCCUUGCCAUCUACCACAAGAGGAAGAGGCUCUGGCAUGGUGCCCUGGCAGGUGGUCCCCUCCCCAUGGCACAGGCUGGGGUUGCAGCCACACCAUGGUGCCAGUUUAACGGCCGGAGGUGGGACAACUUCUGCUGGACCCAGCCAUACUCCCCACCAGGGACAGAGCGUGUCACUGACACAGCAAACCAGAGGCUCAAACACCAGGCCUCGUCGUGUGAGCAGCCUAGUGAUGAAGGGGAGCCCUCUGCACCCCCAGAGCCCCGUGGUGCCCUGCUGCACGGCAGCCAGCUCUAUGCCAUCAUUGACGUGGUGCCAGUACGGCGUUGGAAAGAGUUCAUGCGGAUGCUGGAGCUGCGGGAAGCCGAGAUUGAGCUGGUAGAGCUGGAGGUGGCCCACAUCCGUGACCAGCAGUAUGAGAUGCUGAAGCGCUGGUGCCAGCAGACCAGUGCAACACUGGACCACGUCUUUGCUGCCCUGGAACGCAUGGAGCUGGCUGGCUGUGCUGAGACACUGCGCCAGAGUCUGCCCGUGGGACCCUGAUCCCCACCAUCAGCACCCUGGCACAGGGAGGUCCCACCACCUCCACAUCUCACUGGGCACCUCAUCCCAGCCAUACCCCUAAGUAUUGUUACUUAUGCCGUGUAGACAUUUUAUGUCAGUUUUAUGUCCCCUUCUCACCUGCCUGUCCCCUCUAUUUAUGGCCCCCUGCUCCCAGGGCCGGGGAGGACCCCAUGCCCCAGCACAUCUGCUGCCCAGCCACUCGCGGGACGAGCAGGCACCGAGCCCACCGCGAACCCAUGGGAUAGUUCUCAAGGCUGCCCACUGCCGGGCGCUCCUUCCCCCUCCCCAAUAAAGUGGUGUGUUCUCCAGCCGCCCA